AAUCGCGCGAGCUGCCUGCCACUUUCUCGAUCGCUCGGUCUAUACAUAUAUGCUCCACUGCUCGAGAUCGAGCCACGCCAUGAGCUAGCUAGUCUUCGUGUUCGUCGAGAUCGCGAGCGAGCGAGCUGCGCAUCGAUCGAAUAUAUCUUGGUCGAUUUGACGGCCAUGGCUCCUCGAGCUUCUUCCGUGAGGCGGGCCGUCGCGGUGGUGGUGGUGGCGCUCGUGGUGGUCUGUGCCAUGGCGCCGGCGUGCGAGGGCGCGAGGGUGAUGCGCGAGGUGGUGGUGGAGGCCGGCGCCGGCGCCGGCGACGCCGACGCGCGCGGUGGCCAGACGGCGGUGACGGCGGCGGCGACGAGCGGCGGCGGUGGAGGCAAGAAGAUGUCGAGCUACCAGCCGAUGAGGUGGCCGCCCGUCCCGCCGUCGGGCCCGUCGCACAACCACAACAAGAGGAAGGCGUGGAAGACGAAGAGGGUUCCCCUCCCGCCGUCCGGCCACCAUUGACCUAGCUUGAGGCGCUGCUCCGGCGACCAGAUCGCCGUGGACGGGCGGCGCAGGCAGAGCUCCACGCACGCGCGCGCGUCGCCGGCGGUGACCACGCUGGCCAGCAGAUGAUCUCUCUUCAGGGGGUUUUCAUUAAUUAAUUAAUUAGGAAUAAUAAUGAUAAUAAUAGCGUGAGAUUAUCUAAUUUUUUGUUGUUUUAUAGGUUAAUUUGAUGUGUAAUGCAUGUUUAUUGUUAGCAUUUAGCACUAUCAUUUUGAUUUAUUUUCCAGAUGAUGGUUCUAUGUAAGUCUGCAACAUUUCAUUUUGUUAAAUAAUUAAUUGGUUGUUCUGUUUAUCAGUUCA